AUGCCUCCAUCGCACGCCUGUGACGCCUGCAAGCGUCGGAAAGUGAAAUGUGAUGGUGUGGAUCCUUGCGCCAAUUGCCGCAUUGCCCACCUUGUCUGUGGAUAUAGUGCGAGGCCGGCGAGACGUGGCCGCCCCGUCAUCCGAGCGCUCUCUCCGAGGGCAGCUACGAGUUCCGCGUCGCAUCCAGACACUAGGACUGUUGUCGGCCAUGCCAGCGGCCCCAAUUAUCGGCAUCAUACUCCUUCGGCUGGGACCCAUGUGGAUCGUGUGGAGGGGCUCAGCGAGAUACAGCAACAGAUCUCACAAUCACACCUGCACCAAGGAAGCGUUGUCAUCUUGAGUCCCGUAACUGGUGAGAGCGGGUCGCUGUUCACCUUCCAUUACCACCCGGGACAGAUACACACUCAUUUGGUGACACAGCUCAUGGCUCUCCUGACGUCUAAAUCAAUAGCGGACAUGGUUCAUGGCUGUAUCGAUUUCUUCUUGCAGUAUUUGUUUCCCAAUACUCCAGUGGUCCAUGAGAACACGCUUCGGGAGGGUGUUGUGUUACUUACACCUGACGGUCAUUCGACUUUUGCUGAUCUUGCCUUCUUUUCCUAUGGCCACCCGCAAACAUCGCACUUGAAAACCUUCACACUUGUUACGGCCCUCUGCGCCUUUGUCACGUCUCUCACCCCAAGUUCCCUUUCCACGUCGAGGGCAUCGUUUUCCAGGCCCUUCCUUCUCGCAUCUAGGGCCAUGCUGAUGGUAUACGAGGAGUAUGAUCUGGAAUAUCCGGACUCGACAUCAUUGGCCAUCCGAAUGUGGCAUUCUGCGGCACUGCAGAACACGACAGGUCGGGCGGGGGCAUCGUAUCAUCACCAUGCGCAGGCUGCGUUCCUUGCGCAACGGCUCCGUUUAUACGACGAGAGCGCCGUCCAACGACACUCCCAAAUAGAGUCGCAGCUGCUACGUGCCAUGUUUUGGCUCUUGUACUUGGCCGACAAAACCGCCUUUGCCUUGGGAACCCGGCCGCUUGUGCUAGACGUGAGAUUGUUUGAUGCCGAGCUCACGCUUCUGGAGAACGGCAGUCAAGAUUUGCCACUGCUCAGCAACAGCAAGAAAGUUGUCCAGGGGUCAUUAGAACGCCGCUUAUUCUUCGGCUUCCAUCUGAAGAGACGCGUCUGGACUUCAGCAGCGGACCUGCUAGCGAACAUCAAGUCGUUGGCGCUGCGGAAGAACCGGGGCACGAGCCCGGCAGCAGACCAUGAGCUCCAGGUCGCGCGAUUGGCUGAAGCAUACCUCUUCUUCACCAGCUUAGCGGACCAACUCCCAAUUUGGCUGAAGCAUCCUGAUACUGGAACUGACUCUCUCGACGACGAUGUCGUGGCUUACCAGAGGGCCUGCUUCUGGAUACAACGAAGCAAUAUCAUGACUGUGUUUCACUGCAUGAAACUUGUCAUCCUACAGACAUGCCUCGACAAUAACCUCCAAGAGAUCAUCGGGCUUAACGACCGAGCAAUGUCGUGGGCGACGCGAAAGAUCGAAAUCGUGCGAGACUUCCUAUACGAGCUGCAAGUAGCUCCAUUUGAAUACUUCCAAGUGCAAGGGGAAACAGCAAUAGAACGGGUCCGCCGCGUUGGGAGCAUCCUCCUUGAACUCGUACACCAUGCUGAAAACGAGACGAUUGAGAAGAUUGUGCGGCCGCAAUUUGAGCAAUUGUUGGAUUUCCUCGCAAAGCUGGACUCCAAAGCUUCGGAUGAGCUCGCUAGAGCAUGA